AUGUUUUGGAUGUGGAAAAAGAUGUGUAUGGACCUAGAGAAGCAGCUGGGGGUCCGCUCCAGGUCUAACACGGUAGUGAUGAUGGAUGGUAGGAAGCACCAGUGUGAUAUCGUUUGGGAGAAAAUCGGAGCCUCUAAGGAAGCGAAGACGUGGAAGGGCUCGG